AUGCCACAGGGUCCAGCAGAAGUCGCCCAUGGGUACAUGCUCACCGGGCUGAUAUUCAACGUCCUGCUGUUUGGCAUUAUGAUCACGCAGGUCUACCUGUACUAUACGACCUAUAAGAGGGACCCCAUAUGGAUGAAGAGCUUUGUUGCUUUUAUCUUCCUCGCGGAUAUCGUCAACACGGUCUUCUGCUAUGUUGACCUCUACCGAGCGCUGAUUCUACGUUUUGGUGAAGUUGAGAUGCUCUUCACGGCGGACUGGAUAUUUGCGACAGAGCCAGCGACAACGGCAAUUAUCGCUACAUGUGUCCAGUUAUUCUUUGCAUGGAGAGUCCGUGUCCUCACACGACAAUGGAAGAUUUCAUGGGUGCUGGUGGCCAUGGUGGCGAGCACAGCCCUUACGUCCGGAAUUGCCGGUGUCCUGACUGCAUGGGAAGUCGUUCGACACCCUCACUUUGCUGAAUUCCAGAAGUUUCAUCACACUGUCAGCACCUGGCUAGGCGCAACAUGUGCUUGCGACGCGUUGAUUACAAUUAUCCUGGUCGUCGCACUUCGCCGCCAGAAGACAGGAUUCCAGCGCUCAGAUCUAAUCGUCGACCGUAUUAUUAAAUUGACGAUGCAAACCGGCCUCUUAACGAUGGUGGUUGCUGCGCUCGAUUUAGUCUUCUACCUCGUUUCCACUUCUGGCCUACAUCUCCUGUUCAGUUACCCCCUAAGCAAACUUUACACGAAUUCCCUCAUGAGCACACUGAACGCCCGCAAGUCUGCAUUUUACGGAUCCAGCACAGCAAGCCAUACAAAUGGAACUGACACUGACGGAGUCAAUACUUCAUCCGGCUUCAAGAACGGUCUUUCCGGUAUUUCCAGGGCUUCUACGCAUUUUACUCUUCGUCGAGAUAGGACGAGUAAAGCAAGCGACAUGAUCAACUUCCAUGCACACAAGGCCACACGCGGACCUGAAGUCUUCGUGCAUGUCGAGCACCAUGCACUCGCCGAUGUUGAAACACCCACCGAAACGGAAAAGCAAAACCGACAUUCCUUAUAUGAUAUCGAAAGCGGCAAGGGCAAGGGGACGACUGCGCUGUAG